AUGGACGACGAUGCUUCCAACUCGUACGAGUUUCCUGCUAUUGUUCCUCUCCCGUUCAAGAUCUUAUUUUUGAUCUCAUUGGGUUCGUACCUCUGGUUCUCUAUUGUGAAGGUCAACUACAAGUACUUUAAUAUAAACACAUUGCAACUAUUGUCCCUAUCUUACUCAAAUCUCAGUUAUACCCAGUUGGAUGGACUACAAGUGGACAAUGGCGAGUUUGCUACUACUGUCAGUGCCGACUACAAAGAGAAUCAAACAUUGAUGAACGGUAUCUGGAACACAUUUUACAAAGUUGUAUCUAUUACAGUGGGAUCUUUGUUAGUUUACCAUAUUUUCAAUAUGCUGGAGCUACUGAAAGGAGGCUCUAUAUUCUCUCUUAUCUGUGCUGGCUUCCCCCUUACUAUAAUAAUAAUGACCUUAAGCACCUUGUUCCGUCCGGAUGAGACUCCUGGUUCCACAAGAAACUGGACAACUUUGAAGAGAAUCAUAACAGGAGCAAUUAACUCGAAGACCAUGAGAACCAAUGACAUUUUAAUCUCAGAUACCUUAGUUUCAUAUUCCAGGGUCAUCAAUGAUGUUGUGUUAUACUUGUGGAUAUUGAUAUCUCUUGGCCCUUACAGCAUAUAUGUAGAGACUUUGGCCCUUGGGUCACCUGUAUUGAUUAGAGUCAAGCAGUGUUGGUAUGAGUACAAAAUCACAGGGUCUAGACAGCAUUUACUCAAUAUGGUCAAAUAUUUGACCACAUUUGGACCUCUUUUGAUCAACAUUCUAGUUCGAAUUACUGUAAAUAACGCUGAGUUAAACGAAUUAAGGGGUACCCCUGAGUACGACGAAAGUGUGAUCAACAGGUUGGCUUCGUUAAACAGUUGGUGGUACUUUUUAGCCACCAUAAACUCCACGUAUAGUUUCAUUUGGGACGUGAAAAUGGAUUGGGGAUUCGGAUUAUUUGAUUUUCAAGCCAUCAAUAAUCCAAACAGAGGUAAAACUCUCGUAGAGCAAACUCUUAGACCAAGAAGUCAGUUGAUUGGUCCAAUGAUUAAGUACUAUUCCAUCAUUGCAAUUGACUUUGUUCUCAGAUUCCUUUGGAUAUUGAAGUUUUUCCAACAAGCUGGAGUUGGUGAAUCCAAUGAAGACUACUUGGUAGCAAGAGUAAGUGGAUUCCUUUACGGGGGAAAUGCGUACCAGUUGGGGUACACAACUUUAGAGGUAUUGGAGAUUUUUAGAAGAUGGUUAUGGUGCUUUUUAAAGCUAGAAGCAGAUUGGUUCAAGUUGCAAUCGCUGGGGAUUGAAUUGGUUGCAGUGAAAGAAAAUUAA